AUGAUUAUCUUCUAUUUUGAAAUAAUUAAUGGUGAUCUGUUUCGAAUUCAUAUGCAUCGAAUUCAACCACAUUUGUAUAGAACAGCAAACUGUACAUUAUCGAUAACAAAUCAAACGAUAUGUCAAAUGUCAUCGCGUACUUUUGGCAACAUAACUGUUGAGAAAUCUUCGGUUUACGAACGUUUAGUCAAUGAAGAUAACAUGUAUUUUAUGGGAAAUAUCUCCAUUGGUACACCUGCUCAAACAUUUCUUGUCAAUUUCGAUACAGGUUCAUCUGACCUCUGGGUACCAUCAAGUCGAUGUUCUUCCAAUUGCACACGUCUUCAUAAGUAUAUAGCAGCUGACUCUCAAACAUAUAUACUUAAUGGAAAUCCCUUUUUCCUUACAUAUGCAGAUGGUUCUUUUGUCAGUGGUUAUAUUAGUAUUGAUACUGUAACGAUCAAUGGCAUUACUGUUCAAGGACAACGAUUUGCCGAAUGUAUAUCUAUUACUGGUAUGGAUAAUGUUCUAUAUGAUGGUAUACUCGGUCUUGGUUAUCCAACUUUGGCAAACUAUGGUAAUACACCACUUUUCUACAAUAUGUGGAAUCAAAGUCUAAUACCAGAACCAAUCUUUUCAUUCUAUUUGAACCCUGAUACAAAUGCCAUCAUCGGUAGCGAACUCAUAUUUGGUGGUAUCGAUUCUAGUAAAUUCACCGGUGAUAUUACUUAUGUUCCUUUAGUUUUAACAGGAUAUUGGGAAUUUCAAAUGACAAGUGUGAGUGUUGGAUCUACUCUGAUAAAUUCAUCAUUGUAUGCUAUUGCUGAUACUGGCACAACAUUCAUCACUGGACCUGCAACACAAGUGGAAGCAUUAAAUGGUGCUUUAGGUGCCACUUAUGAUUCAUCUGCUAACAUGUAUACUCUCAAUUGUUCAAUAAAUUCACUUUCAUCACUUCCCAAUGUAACUUUCAACAUUGCUGGCGUAAUUUUUACAUUAAAACCUUCCCAAUAUCUAGUGGUUUAUUAUGAUGACUCAACCAAUUACAAUAACUCAACCAAUUAUGAUAACUCAACUAAUUACGAUAACUCAACCAGUUACAUAUGCUAUAGUGUUUUCACUCCAUCAGAUUCAAAAGAUUCUUUUAAUAAUAGUAUAUGGAUCUUGGGUGAUUAUUUUCUUCGUCGAUAUUAUUCAAUCUUUGAUAUCGUCAACAAUCGAAUAGGUUUUGCUCAAUCAAUCUCAUAUAAUUCAGAAUAA